CAGUAAAUAAUCAGAAAUGGCAAAGAAACUACAUUAUUUCAAUGUGAACGGUCUCGCUGAGGCGAUAAGGUACAUUUUACAUUACACGAAACAGGAGUUCGAGGAUAUCAGACACGAUCUUGCAACUUGGCCUGAUGAAGAAUUUAAGAAAGCUCUCCCUUUCGGCCAGCUGCCCAUAUAUUUGGAAGGUGACAAGGUUCUCAACCAGUCGCUUGCUAUUACUAAGUAUGUAGCGAGGGACAGCGACCUGAUACCAGCUGAUCACUGGCAGCAAGCCGUCCUUGAUAGUACGGUCUACAAUAUCUAUGACUUCGUAAAAAGUCUCGUACAAUACAACCAGGAAAAAGAUGAAACCAAGAAACAGGCUAUCAAAAAAGUUAUCGUUGAAGAAACCGUUGACUUUUACUUCUCAAGAUUCGAAAAGCACUUGGCAGAGAAUGGUGGAUUCUUCAUUGGAAAGUUAUCUUGGGCUGAGUUUGUUCUAGUCGGUGUAAUUGAAGCAUUCAAUCUUUUCGUGAACAUUGAAAUUGAAAAGAACUAUCCCUCUGUGAAAAAACUGGUUGAGAAGAUCACUCAUCUGCCCGGAGUUAAGGAGUACAUUGCUUCUAGAGGACCUUACAAAGCUCCUCAAUUUAGGAAAAAAUCGAAAAUGGCGAAGAAACUACAUUACUUUAAUUUAAUCGCUAUUGCUGAGCCUAUAAGGUACAUUUUGUAUUAUACGAAACAGGAUUUUGAGGAUAUCAGACACAGUUUUGCGAAUUGGCCUGAUCCAGAGGUGAAGAAAAUUCUCCCAUUCGGCCAGUUCCCAUUAUACGAGGAAGGUGACAAGACCCUUAACCAAUCGCUGGCUAUAGCCAAGUAUGUGGCGAGGGACAGCGACCUGAUACCAGCUGACCCGUGGCAGCAAGCCAUCCUCGACAGUACUGCCUUCAACAUCUACGACUACUGGAAAUGUAUUUUGAAUUACCUCCACGAAAAGGACCCAGCAAAGAAAGCGGCUCUCAGAAAAGUGAUUGAAGAAGAAACAAUUGACUUCUACUUCUCAAGGUUCGAAAAACAUUUAAAAGAGAAUGGUGGAUUCUUCAUUGGAAAGUUAUCUUGGGUGGAGUUUGUUCUAUGCGCUCUCAUUGAAGGAAGUGAUGUUUUCCUUGGAUUAGAAGUUGAAAAGAACUAUCCAUUCGUAAAGGCAUUGGUUGAGAAGGUUAAGAAUCUGCCGGGAGUGAAGGAGUAUAUUGCUUCAAGAGUAUGUGAUAAAAUCAAUUUGUAAAGGAUAAAUAAUAUGACAGGAUAAAUAUUCA